AGUCCGUGUCGCCUCGCGCCGCGGUCGACCCGCGAACAGCGCAUUUAAAAAACCUACUCGGUAUCGCGCGGGAAAAUAGUGACAGUUCGAUUUUUUAAUUCCAUAGUCAACGUCAGAUAUUAUUUGUCAAAUCUCGGACACUGUGACAGAUUGAUUUUUUAAUUUAAAUUAAAUAGUCAAAGUCGAAGUCAAUUAUUAUUUGUAAAAUAAAAUUUCGGUGUUGCGCGGGACUUUUUGACAGUUUGAUUUUUUAAUUAUUUAGUCAAAGUUAAAGGCAUAGUGAUGAAGGGCCAAUGUAAAAGAUUUGUUAGCCAUAAGGGCAAGGCGUAUGAUGUUCGGCCAACCAAAGAGGAUGAUGACAAUAUAGGAUUUUUUGAUUUGUGGCGCUACGCAACACUCCUAGAGCGAAUAGUCUCGCUCUGCGCAGCUUCGCUCGGAGCGCUCAGUUCGCUCGGCACGCUCGCAGCAGUGGUGGCAUACGGCGAGCUGACAGCGCUCUUCGUGAAGCGACAUACGGCUGCGCGGGCAGCACCUGACGCGUAUCUGUUGAGAGCUUUUGGUGGGGGACGGAUUGUCCCCGAUGGAAACAGAACUCUUCACAUGGACGCGCUAGAAGAGGAUAGCAUAGCGUUCGCGUUAGCGAGCGUCACUAUCAUCGCACUGCAUCUUACUGCCGCUGCUGCAGCCGUCGCGCUUGCGCAGUGGGCUGCUGCUAGGAUGGUGACACGGAUGCGGCUGCAACUGCUGCGAUCAGUGAUCAGUCAAGAGAUCGCGUUCUUUGACACAAAUACUACUAUGAACUUCGCUACUACACUCACUGAAGACAUGGAAAAGUUCAGCGGCGGUGUAGGCGAGCACGUAGCCAUGACAGCUAACUUACUGGGCACUGUGGUGCUGGGCGCUGCGCUAGCACUCGCGUACGGCUGGGAGCUAACGCUGGCUGGCCUCUCUGUGGUGCCACUGUCGCUAGCCAUAGCUGCUGUCGUCGCUAAGUAUCAAACAAAGUGCUCGAGUAAGGAGGUGACGGCAUACGGCACGGCCGGGAGGAUCGUGGAAGAAGCACUUGCUGCUAUACGCACUGUGAGGGCGUACGGGGCUGAAGAACAGGAGGUUGAGAGAUACACAUCCUCUCUCUCCUCCGCUGCCCACUUCGCGCGUCUCCGUGGCAUAUGGUCAGGCGCUGGUGCAGGCGCCGGCUGGCUGCUGACGUAUGCCCUCAAUGCUAUAGUCUUCGCGUAUGGUGCUCAGCUCUGCGUGAGAGAUAUGGAUCUGCCGGUUGAAGAACAGGAGUAUCACCCUGGGAUUAUGGUUACUAUCCUCUUCCUAACCUUCAUGUGUGCCCAGAACGUAGCCAUGUGCCACCCUCACCUCGAGAUGUUCAGUUCAGCCCGAGGCGCCGCUCGCUCCAUCUACCGGCUCUUGAGGAGGAAGACUGCUAUAGACGCCAUGGCCGGUCAGGGCAUCAGACCUAGGACCUUCAGAGGAGAUAUUACCUUUGAGAAUCUGUACUUUAAUUAUCCGUCGAGGCCUGAUGUUAAGGUGCUUCGAGGCCUCUCUCUCCGCGUCCACGCAGGAGAGACAGUAGCCCUAGUAGGAGGCUCCGGCUGCGGCAAGUCCACGUUACUGCAGCUGCUGCAGCGACUGUAUGAACCUGACAGUGGUCAAGUCACGGUGGACGGACACCCGCUGAAAGCGCUUGAUUUACAUCAUUUUAGGACUAGUAUUGGAGUAGUAGGCCAAGAACCAGUUCUAUUCACGGGCACCAUCCGCGAGAACAUCGCGUUCGGCCUGAGUGACGUUACAGACGAUGACGUCAUCGCGGCCGCCACCACUGCUCAUGCUCACCAGUUCAUCACCAAGCUUGCUAAUGGUUACGACACAAUGCUGACGUCUGGAGGCACUCAGCUGUCAGGCGGACAGAAACAGCGUCUAGCGAUCGCUCGCGCAGUGUUGCGCAAACCUGCCAUACUGCUGCUUGACGAGCCCACCUCCGCGCUCGACCCGGCGGCUGAGAGACAGGUACAAGCAGCACUAGACUCAGCAAGCGCCGGCAGAACAACGCUGGUAGUCUCACACCGACUGUCCACUAUAGUGAACGCGACUCGCAUAGUCUGCGUGGAGCAAGGCGCGGUACUGGAGCAAGGAUCACACAGGGAACUGAUGGAGAAGAAGGGCAUGUAUUGGAAGCUGACGCAGGAUGAUUUGACUAACAAGAGUAUAGCAGCCACGUUAUCUUCAGAGCCUGAGCUGGACGACGAUGACGUCACGGCUGCUGAUGAUGUUCAGCACUUCAAGAGGUGUAUCAGUCGACAGUCUACACGGGAUUCAUAUCGUUUCACUCGCAGCAGUAUUCGCAUGAGCACGGUGUCCUCAGCUCAUGUGCCACACGCCGCCGCCGACGCGCUCAAUCAUAUCGAGCACGUAGAAGAAGAACUAGAGCAAUCAGAAGAAGAGGAACCAGCGGUAUCAAGCUGGUCACUGCUGAAGCUCAACGGUCCUGAGUGGAGGCUGCUGACGGGUGGAGCCCUGGCUUCGCUGCUGGUGGGAGCUGCCAUGCCUGCCUUCGCGUUGUUGUUUGCUGAAUUAUAUGCUAUGUUCGGCCUCUCAGACAAGGCAGUAAUUCUCUCACAAUCGCAACGCUACGCGCUGCUCUUCGCCGGGGUAGCGGCGGCUUGCGGGCUGGUGACCUUCCUACAGUCCUGGCUCUUCAACCUCGCUGGCUCCAGGCUCACUGACAGGCUCAGGAGGCUUACGUUCCAGAACUUUCUUAUGCAGGAGCAAGGCUGGUUCGACCUGACACAGAACUCGGUAGGAGCUCUGUGUGCCCGACUCGCCACCGACUGCGCUGCCGUGCAGGGAGCUACCGGUACUCGUCUCGGUACAGUGUUACAAGGAGCCAGCACGAUGGUGCUGGGCGUGGGACUGGCGAUGUUCUACUCUUGGAAGAUGACGCUUGUCAGUCUUCUGUCUGUGCCCUGUGUGAUGGGCGGCAUCUACCUAGAAGGCUACGUGAAUAAACGAGCAUCUCACCUGGAGCGCACAGCGCUGGAGCUCGCAGCACGCCUGGCGACGGAAGCUGUUCUGCACGUGCGCACUGUGCACGCGCUUGGAGUCGAACAAACUAUUCUCUCGCGCUACACAGCAGCGUUAACCGAAGCGAACACUCGCUCUGCGCCUGCGCGUCGCGUACGUGGGCCUGUGUACGGAGUAUGUGUGUGUGCACCCACACUCGGAUACGCCGUGUCUCUGGCUUAUGCUGGACAUCUGAUAGCGAGGGAGGAUCUGCCCUAUCAGUAUGCUAUACUAGUAUCAGAAGCCCUAAUCUACGGAGCCUGGAUGCUGGCAGCAGCAUUAUCAUUCGCGCCAAGCUUCGCGGCCGCGCGGCGCUCCGGUGCUAGAAUCAUCACGGCUUUGAGCAGAAAGCCUGCUGUGGUUACUCUGAGCAGUGCACAGGACUUGGGUGAUUGGUCAGCAACAGGCGACGUGAACUUCUCAAACAUAACAUUCGGCUACCCGACGCGUUCAGGCGCCGUGCUCCGAGGUCUCUCCCUCCGCGUAGCUGCGAGGCAGACAGUAGCCCUGGUGGGCAGGUCUGGAUGUGGCAAGUCUACACUGCUGCAGCUGUUACUGAGGAGCUAUGACCCUGAUAGUGGGGAAAUCAUAUUGGACGACAAAAACAUCACCCGAGAUAUCUCCCUCCCGACCCUCCGCGCUCAACUAGGCCUGGUACAGCAAGAAACGGCUCUCUUCUCGCGUACCAUCAGAGAGAACAUCGCGUAUGGAGCCACGAGUGCGAACGCUUCGCUCGAUGACGUGAUCGAGGCAGCUAAGCAGGCUAAUGUGCAUGGAUUUGUGGCUGGAUUGCCUAUGGGCUACGACACAGUACUAGGCGGCGGUGGAUGCUCUUUAUCAGGAGGACAGAAGCAGCGAGUUGGUAUCGCUCGCGCCUUACUGCGUCGCCCGCGCAUCUUGUUGCUGGACGAGCCCACCUCCGCGCUGGACGCCGCCAGCGAACAGGUAGUACAAGCAGCACUACAGGCGGCUGCAGCAGACCGUACCACCAUCAUCAUCGCGCACCGCCUCGCCACCGUCAGGCACGCUGACGUCAUCUGCGUCAUCGAUAAAGGCGUAGUAGCUGAGAGCGGGUCACACGACGAAUUGGUGAAGCGACGCGGCAUCUACUGGACGCUGUUACAGCAACAAGCCGGUGAUGGACGACCCACGUAACGUUACUUGUAACGUAACGUAUCGGGGAAUACAGCAUAUAACGUUA